GGAAAAAAUGCUUAAUCAUCGAUGGAGAUUAGCCUCAAACUGAAUAUGUGAUUAAUAGCCUUCAAAAUCUAAAGAAAUUGGGUUUUGAAAAAACCAUCGAAAAUGUGAUGGUACCCCUUUGGAAUGCGCCAAAAAUGGACCCGAUUUAUUUUCUUCAAAUUAGUGCUUAAUAGACAUAAUCAACAGUGAAGAAUAGUCUCAGGACAAAUUCAUUAUCUGUAGCCUUCAAAAUACAAGAAAAUUUGCAUUACAAAAAUCUCCCAAAAGAGUUACGAAAAUGCCCUAAAAAAUCUGCUCAAGUCGAUGAUUAAUAAACUUUACCAUCGGUGGAGAAUAACAUCAAGCCGAAUUCGUGAUAUGUAGCCUUCAAAAUCAAUAGAAAAUUAUCUUUCGAAAAAAUCACAAGAAAUAUGUGAUAGUACCCCUUUGGAAUCUGUCGAAAAUGGCUCCUGAAAAAAUCCACACAUAUUGAUGCUUCAUAGACUUAAUCAUCGGUGACGAAUAGCCUCAGGCCGAAUCCGUUAUCUGUAGCCUUCAAAAUCUAAGGAAAAUGGUCUUUUGAUAAAAUCGCUCAAAAUCUAUGGUAAUUCUUUGAAAUCUGCCAAAAAUGAACCCGAAGAUAUAAUUCCCCGAUAUUGGUGAUUAGUAGACUUAAUUAUUGGUGAAGAAUAGCCUUUGGCCGAAUUCGUGAUCUUUAGCCUUCAAAAUCCAAGGAAAAUGACAUUUAGAAAAAAUUGUCCAAAAUAUGUAAUGAUACUCUUUUGGAAUCUGCCAUUAUAAACCGAAAAUAAUCCGCCAAAUUGAUACUUAAUAGACUUAAUAAAAAAUGUAGGGCAAUAGAAGCAAUGAAACAAAAGAAUGCAGGCGGAGACAACCAAAGUAAACGACGGCCCAUUGUCUCAUUUGGGCUGAACAACCAACUAUAUUAAGCUAAAAUAGCAACCCGCCCUCGGCCAGAGAAAAAUUUGGUUUCCACUUCCCAUACUAUCCCUCCGUAAAUCACUCUGAAGGCAGGACUUUUUGAACGAGGUUGACAACUUUAGUUUUUUGCUGUUAAUUAUAGUGUAGAUUUCAAUUAAUCCUACUAUUUUUCGGCGAGAAAAAUCUGGUGUUUGAACACAAUGAAUGCACCUUUGAUUGUUUGAACAACGAUAAUUACACGGUUCACUCCUCUCCGAACAAUGUUCGAACGAGGGCGUUUGAUGUUUUUGGGUAAUUGUCAAAGAAGAAAUACCAAUUGAAAAUAGAAGAAAAGCAAAUCAAAUUAAACAUUAUUGCUAGAUUAGAACUUGAAAUCACAUAAUAGUUAGUUUUGUAUACUAAUAUAUACUAAUAUGUAUAUCAUAAUAGGAAAUUGACAUGUAACUGGUUGGACCUUCUACGUCCAAUUAAGGUUGGAGGUAAGAAUUUUCCAUCAUAAUAUGUAAGAGAAAAGGUGUUGGAUGUAUUCACUCUUGACCAUUCGUCCCGACCCAUUUAAUUUAUUCUGAUCGGUAAAUUAGAUUUCAACAUUACAGUUGUUUCAAAUACACGAGAUAGGUUGGACUUGGAAUUAUUUAUUCCAAUUUCAAAUCCUAGCUACUAAUUGGGUUUUCUUCAAAUAACAAACAUCGAUACUUCCAAUGAGCAUAGACAACACACUUCCUAGUUCAGAAUAUAAUGCGCUAAGACUAAGAAUAUCAAAUGUCAUUAUGUGCAACUAUUUACAAAACGUGUUAAUAACCAAUUUAAUUAGCCUUCAAUGGCGUGAUGCAUCUUCAAUUUCUUAGUGAACAUCGUAUAUGCAUCGACAACAGAGAAUGGUAACACAACGGGUUCCAUGUAUAAUUCCUAUAAAUACACUCACAACACACGGUCGAUAUAUCUCAUCUUCCAAUCAUCAGAUAUAUAUAACAUCAUCCACUUAAUACCUUUCAACCCACUGUUCAUCAUCACUGCAAUUCUAGCUAGCGAUCGAUAUGGGUAUUCAUUGCAGGGGAAUGAUCAUGAUCGUGGCUUCCAUUCUUCUAGCGACGACGGCGGUGCUAGCCUCUUCUUCAGCGACGGUUGAAUCCGCCGCCGUCGCUAAUAGUAACGCGACCAGGCCGGGAGCACCACCACCCGUGCCAUUGCCGAGGUGCAGAAGGGGAACGAUGGAGCCGAAAGUGGCGGCGAAGUGCUGGAUAGCGAUAAUCGAGGUUCCCUUGUGCGUGUUUCAGAUCGUGAAGGCGUUCGAAGGCGGAUCGGUGUUCAGCAUCGGCAAGGCCUGCUGCCACGCCUUCAUCGACCUCACCGACGACUGCAAGAUCGAGGUCUUCCAGAAGUCCGAGUUCUUCCCGGCCAUCGAGAAGUUCUGUGCGGCCAUCGGCGGCGGCGCCUCCAAUACGACUACGACUACCACGGCCGGUCUCGGCAACAAAGCUCCGUCUCCCAAAUUAGCUUAAUUAACUGGUCAUCGUUUACUUUCAUAGGUGUACUUCUUUUUAGUUAGAAAGAAAUGAUGGGUGCAUGGUUUGAACAAAGUGUAACAUAAAUUUAAAAUAAGUGUUGUAUCGUACCCAUACUCCAUGUAAGAUAAUAAAGUUCGAUGUGUAAAUGGAUUUAUUAUAAUAUACCUACUUGAGUUUUGUGCUUUUUUUAAAUAAAAAAAAUUGGUUGGUGAAUGUAAAUAAAGAUCAAAUGACUAUUACUACGAAAAAUUUAUGAGUAAAAAUAGAUAGAGUGGUAGUUAUAAUUUUACACUAUGAUUAUAUUUAAUAAAAAAAAGAGAGCAAAUAUUAUAGGAUACAAAACUCUAGCCUGUAAAACUUGGUCGUAUCAUCGUGUCGUAUUACCAUAUCACGAUGAUACAAUCAAGGGUUUUACAUGGUUUUGCUGGCAGGCUGAAGUUUUGUACCGGAAGCCAAGCCAUAAAAGAAUGUAAAUGAAGAAAUAGUCAAAUUUUGA